GCCUGUCACCGGGGAAACAGACGCAACCGGAGUCCUGGGCUGUCAGGGCUGGAGCUCGUUGCAUUACUUGUUGUAAUAUUCCGGCUCUUAUUGAAAUCCUGCAUCUGCAACUCUAGCGCAUCCCUGUCAUGGAUUGGUCGAGAUAACAUCAGAGGCGCAGAAAUGUAAAUGUUGCGGCUUUGUGAUACGUUUUGUUCCCGUGUUGCGAGCUGAGAAGAAUUUCGGUUGGUGGCAGCAGUUGGUUCGUGUGCAAGAGGGACUGUCACUGUUAUAGCGGGAGGUUUUCAACACGUAUUUGGAUAUUUUCUUGCAAUUUAACAGUAUAAUUUAUAUACCAUGCACGUUGUAGACAAUCGCCGUUUCUUUUCUUUUAAUUUAAAGAAUUGAAAGUCAACCUUGCCCUGUUUAGUUUUGUUUUUGUAAGUUGUUAUUUUAAAAAAGAAAGCCAUGGCGGAAGGAAAGGCGGAACGUGGUGUCCCGUCUCUGGUGCCUUCAUGUUCUGUUUCGCCCUCCUGGGCCAAAAAGGAGGGGGUUGAAGCUGUAUCUAACGGAGACUGUGUGGGAGAAGAGCCAGUGACUGCAGCGAUAGGAGUCUUGCCAUCAGGUCCCAGAGCAGACACACACACACCUUCACCAGCAACAGCACCAUCCCAAGAUGGAAAACCAGGCAUCCCUCGUAGGAGCAGCAUCAUCAAGGAUGGCAACAAACAACGAAGGGAGAGAAAGAAAACUGUCUCCUUCAGCAGUAUGCCAACAGAAAAGAAGAUCAGUAGUGCUAGUGACUGUAUCAAUUCCAUGAUUGAAGGCUCUGAACUUAAAAAGAUUCGUUCAAAUUCUAGAGUGUACCAUCGUUAUUUCCUUUUGGAUGCAGACAUGCAAUCCCUCAGGUGGGAUCCUUCAAAGAAAGAAUCGGAUAAAGCGAAAAUUGACAUAACAUCAAUCAAAGAGGUUCGAACGGGCAGAAAUACAGAAAUGUUCCGCACCAAUGCUAUUUAUGACCAUAUUUCAGAAGAUUGUGCAUUUUCAAUAAUAUAUGGAGAAAACUAUGAGUCACUGGACCUUGUAGCUAAUUCUGCAGAUGUAGCAAAUAUUUGGGUUACUGGCUUACGGUACCUGAUCUCUUAUGGGAAGCACACAUUGGAUAUGAUAGUGAGUAGCCACAAUAACAUGCGGGCAUCGUGGCUUUCAGAUGUUUUUGCCACAGCUGAUACAAAGGAUGUAGGAUACAUAUCAUUUAACAAAGCUGUGCAGCUUAUUAAAAGUCUAAACUCUGGGCUAAAAAAUACCAAAAUUGAAUUGAAAUUCAAAGAAUUACACAAAGCAAAAGGAAAAACAGGAACAGAUGUUUUCAAAGAGGAACUUAUAGAAGUAUAUCAUGAGCUUUGCACAAGACCAGAAAUAUAUUUUUUGUUAGUCCAAUUUUCAAGCAAUAAAGAAUUUCUAGAAACCAAGGACCUGAUGAUGUUUUUGGAGGCAGAGCAGGGAAUGCCACAUGUUACAGAACAAGUGAGCAUGAACAUUAUUCAGAAGUAUGAGCCAUCAAAGGAAGGACAAGAAAAUGGUUGGCUUUCCUUAGAUGGUUUUACUAAGUACCUCAUUUCACCUGAAUGCCAUAUAUUUGAUCCAGAGCACAAGAAGGUUUGUCAGGAUAUGACACAGCCAGUGUCUCAUUAUUACAUUAAUGCAUCACACAACACCUACUUAAUUGAGGACCAGUUUCGAGGCCCCUCAGAUAUUACAGGAUAUAUCCGUGCUCUGAAAAUGGGGUGCCGAAGUGUUGAAGUGGAUGCAUGGGAUGGACCUGACAAUGAACCCAUCAUCUACACAGGCCACACGAUGACAUCUCAGAUAGUCUUCCAUCGUGUCAUUGAUGUAAUUAACAAAUAUGCUUUUGUUGCAUCAGAAUAUCCUUUGAUUUUAUGCCUGGAAAAUCACUGUUCAAUUAAACAGCAGAAAGUGAUGAUCCAACAUAUGAAAAAGAUCUUGGGAGACAAACUGUAUACAAAGCCCCCAUCUGUUGCAGACAAUUAUUUGCCCUCCCCUGAAGUCCUUAAGUACAAAAUUUUGUUAAAGGCGAAAAAGCUGCCAGAUAAUUGCACAGGUCUUGAGGGUGACAUUACAGAUGAAGAUGAAGGAGCAGAAAUGUCACGAAGGACGACAGGUGAUAAUAUAGAUCAGCAGAAUGUAGCUCCCAAAAGAUUUCUGCUCUGCAAAGAGCUCUCAGACAUGGUGAGUCUUUGUAAAUCUGUACUGUUUAAAGACUUCACAGAAUCGCUUCAGAAUCAGAAAUUCUGGGAAUUUUGUUCAUUCAAUGAAGUAACUGCUAGUAAACUAGCUAAUGAAUACCCAAAAGACUUUGUGAAUUAUAAUAAACAUUUUCUUGCCAGGAUAUAUCCAAAUCCAAUGAGGAUAGAUUCGAGUAACAUGAAUCCUCAGGACUUUUGGAAAUGUGGUUGCCAAGUAGUUGCAAUGAAUUACCAGACACCCGGUUUAAUGAUGGACCUCAAUAUCGGUUGGUUCCGUCAAAAUGGGAAUUGUGGGUAUGUACUUCGUCCUGCCAUCAUGAGAGAAGAGGUGUCCUAUUUUAGUGCCAAUACUAAAGAUUCAGUGCCAGGUGUUUCUCCUCAAUUACUCCACAUUAAAAUCAUUAGUGGCCAAAACUUUCCAAAACCCAAAGGCUCAGGUUCUAAAGGGGACAUUGUUGAUCCCUAUGUGUAUGUCGAGAUCCAUGGAAUACCUGCAGACUGCGCAGAACAAAGAACUAAAACUGUUAAUCAAAAUGGAGAGAACCCUAUUUUUGAUGAGAGUUUUGAAUUCCAGAUUAACCUCCCUGAGCUGGCAAUGGUACGAUUUGUUGUUCUGGACGAUGACUACAUUGGAGAUGAGUUUAUUGCUCAGUAUACAAUCCCCUUUGAAUGCUUACAACCAGGAUUCAGACAUGUGCCACUCCAGUCACUGACCGGCGAAGUUCUACCAUUUGCUUCAUUAUUUGUCCAUGUGGCCAUCACUAACCGAAGAGGUGGAGGGAAACCUCACAAACGUGGUCUUUCUGUGAGAAAAGCUAAAAAGUCAAGAGAGUAUGCUAGCAUGAGAACAAUCUUGAUAAAAUCUAUAGAUGAAGUGUUCAAGACCAUUGUCCAGCAAUUGCGGGAAGCAACUGAUCUUCGAGAAAACAUGCAGGUUGCCGUAGCUUCUUUCAAAGAACUAUGUGGUGUAUCCCCAGUUUCUAAUCUAAUACAGUGCUUUAUGGCAUUGUCAACACUGCUGAACAGUGAUAACAUUCCAAUUGUUGUACUGAACCUAAAAGAUGACUACCCGUCAAUGGAGCCCCAAGGAAUGAUCCCUGAGGUACUGAAGAAAGUAGUCACUGCAUACGAGGUGAUGAUCCAGACAACCAAAGCUCUACUAGAAAAUGGUGAUGGAGUGUGUGAAAAAAUAAUGCAAUGUCAAAGAGUAGCCAUGGAAUUCCAUGAAAAUCUGAACAAUAUUGGGGUUAAAGAAGGCCUUAAAGGAAGAAAACUUCAGAAAGCUGUUGAGAGUUUUACAUGGAACAUCACAAUUCUUAAGGGGCAAGCUGAUUUGCUGAAAAGUGCUAAAAUUGAAGCAUUGGAGAACCUGAAGCAAAUUCAUUACGCUGCAGUGUCUUGUGGUCUGAAUAAGCCAGGCACUGGGAAUACAGAAUCUUCCAAGCCAAGGAGAAGCCUAGAGGCCAUACCUGAGAAGGAAAGUGUGGAGGUUGGAGCUAGGGAUCGAGCUGCAGAAUCUCGCCAGAAUACGAUUGAAAAAUCUGUCAAAGCCACCAAAUGAAGACAAUCACAUGGAACUUUUGUUUGCACUGGAAAGCCCGCUUGGGUUGGUUGGUUUUCGUACUUUGGCAAUUCUAAAGCACAAUUCUCGUUCUUGGUAUAUUGUGACAAAUGGAGCAUUGAAUGUAACACUUCUCCAAGUGAAAAUAUGCUACUAGUGAUGGAAAAUUUCUACUGCUUUAAACAAGUAGUAGACAUGCCACUGAAUGUUCAUCUGCCAAACUAUUGUGUGUAUAUAUGUCACAAAUAAAUCUGUUAAAGUGUAACUUUUUUUCUAAUAACUUAUGCUGCCUUUUUACAUUCUUUUUGUAAAUGUAACAUUUCUCUAGAUAUCUAAAUGACAUGCCUGAAUUUAAAUGCAAAAUGGUUGUUAUACAGAAGAAUAUGUAAAGUAUAUAUAAAUACAAUGAAGUGUCUGUAGUGAAGCCACUGAAUGAUUGCAAAGAUUGUUGAGCCAUAAGUGGAAUCAUUGUAUCGUUGAUUAUGGUCACUGAGUUUCAGUGCACUUUACAAUGACCAUUAAUCAAGAAAAAGCUGGAAAAAGUUACUGUAAAUUCUGCUCUUUAGAGAUGAUUGUUAAUGUUAAAAAUACAUUUGAAGUGCUUGUACCCAGCGUCUGGUGACCAAAUAGACAGCAGCUUUUAGCAAGUUGUUGUAAUGUGUAUAGCUAUUAUUUCAUUAAAUGGAAAGGUUAGGCUAAUUAAUUUCAACAAGAAAUUAUUUCCAAGUCAGUCAGUUAGUCAUUCAGUGCAUUGCCUGUAGCCAUGAUCUUCCAUUGUGCUAAAUGUACGUGAUUCACUUUGAAAGAAGGGAAAUACUUUGACCUCUCUUUCACAAGAACAGGAGUAGGCCUCCAGACCCCUCAAGCCAACCCAUUAGGAUCAUGGCUGAUCUAUUCCAGUCUCAGCUCCUCUUCUAUCCCAGUUCCCUAUAAUCCAGAAUUCUUCUACCUUUCAGAUAUUUACCCUAUCUCCAUUUUUAAUUUUAUCUAAUGAUCUGGUCUCAACCAAUCAUGGGGGUAGAGAGUCCACAACCUUCUAGGAGUAGCAAUUUCUACAACUCCGUUUUAAAUGACCAUCCCCCUCAUUCUGUAGUUGUAUCACUUGUUCAUGACUCUCUCACUAGUGGAAACAUCUCAACAUCCACCCUGUCAAGCCAAGACCAUGAUCUUACACGUUUGAGUAAGGUCACCCUUCAUUGUUCUAAAUUCCAAGGAAUGCAGACUCAGCUCUCCAGCUCCUGUUGAUAGGGCAAACAUCUCAUUCCCAGGAAUUAGCCUCUUCUAGCUCUGUGAAUUACUUGAAAAUGGUCGUAUAAUAUAAAAUGUUAAUUUCAUCAUUGUUGACAGUCUUGAAUCAAUCAGAAGUUGUUGGGUUUGUUUAGAGCAAAGCAGCAACAAACAUUUGCAUUUUUAAAAAAUAAAGUCCAUGCGAAAUCCACCAAUUUACUGGUCUAGUGUGCAAAGUAGUUCAGUUGUUGUUGCAGACCUUUGUUCAGGGCUUUUAGGUAUGGUGUGAUAGGGAAAAAUUCACUGCUACAUAUAUAAGUUGUAUUAUCAAUGACAAGUGAUAAAAGACCGAAGAGAACUUUUACUAAACAUCACCCCUUUCGAUCAAAAAGUGCGUGAAAGUUGCAUAAGCCUUACAAUCACUGUACGAUCUUUCUAGCUAACCCUGAAGAUAAUUAUUUUUCAAUUACCAAUCCAUCAAAUGUUUUAAUCUUUUCUGCUCUUUGAUUCUACUAGUUUACAAGACACUGCAUUAUAAGGCAAUGGCUAAUGCAUACACCAUUGUAAUCAGUCCUCUCCCUAAACUGUAUUCUUUGCUCUUAAUAUUUAUGAUCAUUGGGAAAUAUUAUUAGGGUUCAACUAAUCUAUGUAAUUAUUUAGUAACCACUGUGAGUUUAUUUUCAGAAGUUCUUAAAAUUUAUUUUUGCAGUGAGAGAGUAGACUUUCUUGUGCAAUCACAUGGUAAAAAGGAUUACAUCAGUGCUGUUCAUCAAGGAGGGUCAGGUGAACUCAUGUUGCAGCUCACAUCCCUCUGUUCAAACUUCAUUUACGCAUUGUGACUACAGUCAGUGAAAGUCUAUCCUGCAACGUCUUGUCAGCAUCAGUUUUCUUGUUUUCCCUUUCACUGCUUUCAGUGUUUUUGAACAACUGUCUGAAUUGUGCUAAGAACUCCAGGCACAGCCUUGCACACACUCUUCACUUGCUGUAAUUUCUUAUUUUGUUGGAAUCCUCCAUUACUUUACCUUGAGAGGAAAACAUCACCAUGUUUCCAUCCCUCCUAACACUUUGACUUAUUGCCCUUAAAUGUUUGCAUUUCACAAGCUACUUUAUUUGGAUUCAAAAAACCCUGGAAAUCGAUGUUUUCUCAUUACUGGCUGCACCCUAGCAUGAUACAGCAGAUUUUUCAUUCAUAAUAACCCAGGUAUUGAAGUUCUUGGAAUGAAAUUUGAAUAGUUUCUCUGAAAGCAGGUGAUAACCUUUGCCAUUCAAUGAAGACAAAUCUAACACCAUGAAGCUUAUUUGUACUUCACCUCCCCUCAUAGAACAACUCCUUAUCCCUCAGAGUCCUCAAGUGAAAUUAGGCAAAGAAAUCUUUCCUUAGUUAUAGAGAUCCGAAUGGACACAGUUCUCCAGAUGUUGUUUAACCAAAACUCUGCAUAGUUCCAUAAAGUUUUCCAUAUUCUUAUCCAACCCACGUGAAGUAAAGGCAAGAGAUCCACUUGCCAAGAAAAUACUCUAUUUAGUACUUUGUCCUUAGCUUAUGGAGUUUAUAUGGCUUUAAAAUCUGGAAAAUCUUCACUAUUCCAUUUUUCUUCCUGUUUAUAUAAACAAAUUAUUUUUCAGUCACAUCCAAAAGCAGUAAGUUUGCCAUUGCAAAUUUGUCAUCUAUUAGACCUGCCACUUGAUUUUCCCCUGGAUCAGUACAUAAGAGGAUGAAAUGUAAUGUCUGAAAAUGUGAUAGAUGACCCGUUUGUUUACCAUUAACAGAUUUUUAUCGUGCAUUCACUUAUUUUGGGUGUCCUAAAUUUUCAAAGUUCAAUUUGUAAAGCUUAGCUUACUUAAGAACUGAGAUCAGCAAAUUGGGUCUCAAUGUACAAUUUUCAGCAUAUCUCUAAUCUGUUUCCCAUCUUUAAUUCCUUGAUUUUCUGUACAGCUUAUUCUUUAUGAGUGCCUGUAUUUAUUAGUAAUAUAUUCUAAACAAAAGUAUGUUUUCUGGCUUGAGGAAGGGAAUCAGCUGCCACUAAAUUGAAACAUUAUUAUGUUAAGAGAAGUACAAGAGGUCAGUAAUAAUAUUUUCUAUAAUACAGUCUAUUUUCUUGCAAUUGGUAGAUACUUUAAAUAAAUCAAGUCUUAUUUUGGCAAUGUCUUAGUGCUGUAGAUGAUCAUGCUGAUCCUCCAUCUCUAUAUAGGACAGAUUCUACUAAGUAACACUUAAAACAUCAUUUGCAAAUCUCAAAUCAGAAGAUCAAUAGUAGGACCCAUUCCAAUGAAUUAAUUAACAAUUUAACUUUGUGAGUUUGGCACUAACUCCUUUAGGCUGUCCAUUAAACUUAGUUGCAUCAACUGGGUACAUAUUGUCAACUAGACCAUGUCUGAUGAAGGAGAAAAAGAUUACCCUAACAGUGUUGCAUAUUUGAACUGAGCCACAUUUUGCCCGUCCACAUCUGAGCCAUGCAGGUGUGAUAAUGAUCAGUAUUACUAAAGGAAAGAUAAUGUUUAAACUACUUAUUGUAAGCUUUGCAUGCGUAUUGAUCCAUGACUUAGUUGCUUAAGAGACGUGAUGUACAAAAACUUGCACAGGAAGAUGGUUUUACUAACUUUGCAAACAAAGAAAAUCAAUGCUCUUAAUGCAGAUGUUUUUUAUUGUUACAUGACUAUCUGAAAUUCAACCAAACAUUUUUAGAAUCAUCAAAUCAACAAAAUGUAACAAAACAUAAUUUAAAAAACCCAUGCAACCUUUGUCAAGUAAUUUUAAAUUAAUGAUUUUGAUUAAUCUAUUUUACUGUAAAACAGUAAAUUUUAGAAUGCAGUGCAUAGAAUUUGUAUAUAGUCCUACCUAAUUUUUGGACAUCAAAGAGAAAAUUAAGGAAGGGAGCUGCUAUGUAAUUAUUUCACAAUACAAGAAAAUGGAGUCCUCCAAAUCUCAAUUAAACAAAUAAAGUAAGGCAUCCAAUCAAGUCUGGAGUUGAUAAAUUCCUGAAAAUUAAUUUUAAGGAUUGCAUUUAUUAAAGACUGUAUAAUCUGCAGGUUGCAAAACAUUAAUAUAUAUUUUCAUUGUAUAUUUAUAAAUGAUAUAUAAAACAAUAGUCCUGGACAUUGCAUAAAAAAUAUUAGGUCAUUAUGAUUAAUACUAUGUAUGAUAAGUUUAACUUGGGAAAGUGAGACAUUGUAAUUAGUUGUGUUUUGCCAGAAUACUGGAGUUUUUUUUUAAAGGAUUCAUAUAUAAGAAAAUACUGUAAAUAAUUAAUAGGGAGACAAACAUAAGCGAUGUUUCAGAUUGAUAACCUCCAAUCACAAGUUCAUUGUAAAUAUUCAUGUUGAUGGGAAUACAGUUCUUUGCUCCCUGCUGUCUGUGAUACAAAACCACAAUACUUUUAUCUGUUCACUUGGGCCAGUAAAAGUGAACUUUUAAUUAGCAUAAUUGCUUUUGAUUUCUUGCCAAAAAUUUAUUUCAUUGACUCUUUGCUAUGAUGUGACCUACCAGAUUGAGAAGAAAUGCCACUAGUUUACCUAUUAUACAACAAUACUGUGAAGAAAUGUUGUUUUAUUAAAAGUUAAUUUGAAAUCAAUUGUUCUGCUUUAAUAC